CAUUUAUUAGCGUCUGAAAUAAAUUUUUAUUGGGGAUAAAAGAAAAGUGAAGAAGAAGCAGAGAAAAAAAUAAAUAAAAGAAACGUGACCUAUAUAAUUUCUUCGGUUGGCCAAUAAAAAAGUCAAUAAUCGUGUCUAUAUAAUUUUUCGUUGAAACAUUUUUUAACUACUGAACAAAAGAGUUAUUUCAAGUUUGACAGUAAUUAUUGACUCACCCUGUAUGCACAAGACAAACACAAUGGAACACGUGUAUAACAGGAGCGGAGCAUCUAUAGCGUGUCCAUAAGAUGUGCGCGUUUUCCUACGAGGCGCGCUUACCUGCUGUUAUUGUUGGCCACCAAUUUGAUGAUAAGAGCCUCUCAGUAGUGUCGCGACAAUGUUCGGUCGUAAAUGCAUCGUCUUUUAAUCGCUCCGUAUCGCUCGUAAUCGUUGAUUAUAGCCUCUUUGUAAAUUUCACCGUGGCCAUCGUUUUAAGUGUUGUUAUUUCGUUUUGGAAGAGCGAUAACGAAUGCGUCGACGACAGAAAAGUUUUAAAAUUUUGCCGACUACGAAAAAAUAUAAUAUAUAAUAUAUUUUUAUUCCUUCUUUUUCGUCUUCCCCGUUAUUGUUCUUCGCAAUGAACGUACUCUACUUGUUAAAAAAUUGAUAAACAAGCAGUAUUACAUUAAUAUCGUACUUUAUAUCGAAUGCGCGAGUCAUUAUAUCAUUUCAACUCGCAUCACAAUAAUAUCUCCUUUCUCGUCUCUACGUUAAUAUUCUUUAUAUAUAUAGGUGCAAAAAUUAAUAUUAAAAAGUAUAAUUCAUGUUAAUUUCUAUCAACGACAUUAAUAAAGAUAAAGCUAGUAGUAUAAAUGAAGCUAACAGAAAUGAUUUAAAUUUCGAUGAAUUGGUGGUAAUUUCGCGUCUUAUUCGUUAUAAUUUCUCUGUACCUUUUUAAUACGGUGUGCAUUGUUGUUACGUGCCAAAAAACAAAACAAAACAAAACAAAACAAAAAAGAAAACGCGCCAAUAAUAAAUUAUGGACGUCGUUUCUCUACGAUAAAGGAAAUUGAUAUGCAUACGUGUGUUAAAUUAACUAAAAUAAUAGGUAAGAUCUUUGGAUGAACGAACAUGACCUUCCAUGGAUUAUUCUCAAACUAUCAUCACGAAACUUCAUAUCAUCGAACGUGAAGAAGAAGUAUCGGACAUUUUUUUUAGCCGCAAUGACACCAUGAACAACAUGGUUUAGCGAUUAAAGACUAUAAAAAAAAAAAAAAAGUCAAUGAUUAUAAUAUAACUUUGUAUUAUAAACUUGACAACUACCUCGAGAUAUAACUCGGCAUAAGAAUAAUAAGUAUAUGUAAAUCAAGGAGACGAAGGAGGAGUGUUUACUUGAGAUGGACUCGGUAGCGGUUACGGUUCCGCUUCGUCAACCAACGAAGAAAAUGAAGAAACGUAAGGAAUUGGAUGCUCUUGCACCUCCACAUGCCGUUUCCAGAAGAACUUCCGGCAAACGUAGUUCUCAGGAAUUAUUGACGGAUAGCAGUGACGAACGUUCAGAAUAUUGGAACACGUCUACAAGAAGCAGCCGCAAAUGCAGAGGAAGAAGGAGCCAAACUUGUCCGGGAUUUCUUAAGGCCUGUAGUGCCUUUUUGGCAUGCGCUUCUGUCUUAGCUACUGCUAGCUUAAUAUGGCUUUUCAUUGACGUUCGUCAACAGCUCACCGCCUUAAGAACGGAAUUGGAUCAAGUAAUUGCCGGAAACGAGGGUGUUCCUGAUGCUUUGCAAAAAUGUCAUUCCAUGUCGAGGGAUCUGCAAAAUAAUCAAACCGUCAUUUUCUCUCAUUUAUCGGAUCUUAGAUUUCAAAUAAGCAACGUCACGAUUCAGUUAGUAAACAUACAACAUGGAUUGCAUCAAGUUCAAGAAUGGGUGCACGCUGCGCCAGAGCUUGCUAAUGUUCCUAAAGAUUUGAAAGCACUUUCGACGACCGUUGUUUCAUUGGGCAGUCAAAUAAGAGAUUUGGAUUCAACCGUAACAACAUUAAAAGAAACUAAUACGCGCCUACAAAACGUUCAAACUACUGCGUUACAAAAUAUCAGCAGCGUACAGCACGCUCUUUCUGAAUUAAUCAAUAUAACGCAAAAACCUCAAAUCUUAACUACCAACGAAACCAAAUUGAAAACCGAAGAAUUAAAUGCCGCGAUAUUGCGUGUAACUAAUAACUUGACGCACGUCAAUGAAACUCUAUCAAGAACUCUUCAAUGGACCAGCGAAGAUCAGAAAAAGGAUCAUAAAAUAUUGAAUUCCCUCUUGGAUACGACCCAAAAUGUUAGUACAAAGGUUAUAUCAUUGGAAGGAGAAUAUGCAAAAAUGUCUGAACAAAUAACUACAUUGUCAUCAUUAACAGAACAAGUCGAACGAAUAUAUGCAGCCAACGUUGAAUUGAACGAUAGACUAAAACGUUUGGAACAAUCUUAUAUUUCUGUUAAAAAUUCGACUACUGCUAUGUUAAAUACGAUAACGAAAAUGAAAAAUGACAAGAGAAUUGUUGACGAUCAAGAUACAACGGAAAUGCCCGUCGAAGGAAGUCAAAAUGUUCAGAGGAUAGGCACAAACACUUAAAUAUAAGAUAGAUAUAGGUAGAGUAUAAAUAAUAUUUCCGAUAUUGUGAUCUUCAAAAAUAGCUCCUGCACGUAUGAUAAAGCAGUCUGUAGGCAACGUAAAAAGAGAUGUGUAAUUGUAAAUAUUAAUAAAAUAGGAAACUAUCCAUUUAGCAGGAAUUACGUAUUUAAACUCUGGGUUAUGUAUGCACGUCAAAGGAAAGGAUGUUAUGUCGAAGUAUGUAAUGAGCAUUACAUAUUAUUAAAUGAACGUUCUGCAAGUAUUUCGUGACCUGGAGGAAAGAAUCUAUACCAAGCAAUAAUUUGUACAAUUACACAAUAUUGAUAUUCUGAUACAUACUGAUUGAAAGUACAUAUAUGUUUGGAAAUACUUACAAAGUACAAAAAAAUCUACGAGUUCUCAUCUUUGUCUACACUUUAGUUGAAUGAAUUUCUAUUGGUAUAACAUUUGUUAGACAUCACAAAGCUAGCCCCAUAUAUAUCCAUUAGAUAUACAUGAUUUUUUCAAUAUGCAAAUUUAAAAAUUCUUCCUUUAAAUAAUUACUUAAAAAUUACACUUGCCACCUAAUGAUUUGCUCGAUUUAUCAGCUAGAUUCAUCAUAACGGAACGUUCGUUCUGCACGAUAAUAUAUACUUAGAGUAGUAUUGUUUAUAAGUCUACAAAGAGGCACAGAUGAGUGCUAUUUUUUACGACAAUCUAUACAAAACGUGGUCAGAUGAAAUUAAUCAAAACUACGCACAUUACACAACAUUCGCAGUAUUAUACCUAAUUAGUCCAAGGCAUAAGUCUUGCAUAUUGUAUGUCAUAACUUUACUGCAGUACAUCGAUUUCAUCAUCUUUAUCACACAUUUCUAUUAAGUAGUCUUUAUCGAUACGUAUAAUAAUUAACUAUUACCUAAAGACUGUUAUUUUCUCGUUAAAAUUUGGAUCGAACUAAUAGUCAAAGGAAAUACCAUGAUCAAAACAUAUAAUAUAAUUCCAAGUGCUUUUGAUGCUGGAUUAACCCCAAGAAAAAUAAAAAAAAAGAUUCGAUUGGCCGUUACGGUAUGAAUCAAUUAAAUUUCACCAUUUGUACAUUUGUAAAUUAUUAAAUAACCAUUUAAUUAAUACGCAGUAAUAUACGAGAUAAAUCUAUAGUGUGUGACCUUGAUAUAAAAUGAGUAUGCAUAACGAAAUGGCGCAUUGCUAUAUCUAUGUUGAAAAAGGGUUAAUAAAAACUUGAACGUUAAAGUAACGCAAUACUUUCACUCUCAUAUUCAUUUCCAAUUCAAUCUCAUAAUUUGUUUGAUUUCUUCUUUAAACUUGGCAUUAAGUUUCACACAAUUAUUAAUAAUUUGCAUAUUAUUUUAUAACGACAACUUCACGAUCGUAUCGAAAAAUGGCGCGCAAAAGGUAGAAGGGGGAUGUGAUGAUGACGAAUGAACGGAUAGAAAAACGUAGAGAGAGAGAGAGAGAGAGAGAGAGAGAGAGAGAGAGUGAGCAAGGGAGUGAAGAGUAGCAGUUGAGGGGUGGGGAUACGGGCGAGAGCUUGAAACAUUAGGAUAGGUGCGAUACGUCUGACGUUUAUUUUGUGAUUGGCCACGUGCUCCAAUAGCGACAUUUAUUAAAAUGGCGCGUGUUCAAUUUUUAA